GAGACCAUGACUGACAGAAAAGCUGUCAUCACGAAGGCUGACAUGAGCGAGGACAUGCAGCAGGACGCUAUUGAUAGCGCCACUCAAGCUUUGGAGAAGUACAGCAUUGAGAAGGACAUCGCUGCAUACAUCAAGAAGGAGUUCGACAAGAAGUACAACCCCACAUGGCAUUGUAUUGUCGGCCGCAACUUUGGCAGCUACGUCACCCACGAGACCAAGCACUUCAUCCAUUUCUAUCUGGGACAGGUGGCCGUUCUCCUCUUCAAAUCAGUUUGAGCAAUGAACAAUGAA